CGGCCCGGCGGGCGGAGGGGCGCGGGCAUGGCCGCGCGCGGCCGGCGCGCCUGGCUCAGCAUGCUGCUCGGGCUCGUGCUGGGCUUCGUGCUGGCCUCGCGGCUCGUCCUGCCCCGCGCCUCGGAGCUGAAGCGAGUGGGCCCGCGGCGGCGUCCCAGUCCCGAGGGAUGCCGGCCGGGGCAGGAGGCGUCGCAGCCCGGCGGGGCGCGGGGCGAUGCGCGCGGGGCGCAGCUCUGGCCGCAGGGCUCGGCCGCGGAGGGCGUCCCGCGCGACAGGAACUUUCUCUUCGUGGGAGUCAUGACAGCCCAGAAAUACCUGCAGACCCGCGCCGUGGCCGCCUACAGAACAUGGUCCAAGACAAUUCCCGGGAAAGUGGAGUUCUUCUCUAGCGAGGGUUCAGAUACAUCUCUACCCAUUCCAAUAGUGCCCCUGAGGGGUGUGGACGACUCCUACCCACCCCAGAAGAAGUCGUUCAUGAUGCUCAAGUACAUGCACGAUCACUACCUGGACAAGUAUGAGUGGUUCAUGAGAGCAGACGAUGAUGUCUACAUCAAGGGAGACCGUCUGGAGAGUUUCCUGAGGAGUUUGAAUAGCAGCGAACCCCUCUUCCUCGGGCAGACAGGACUGGGCACCACAGAGGAAAUGGGGAAGCUGGCCCUUGAGCCUGGGGAGAACUUCUGCAUGGGGGGGCCUGGUGUGAUUCUGAGCCGGGAAGUGCUUCGGAGAGUGGCGCCGCACAUUGGCAAGUGUCUCCGGGAAAUGUACACCACCCAUGAGGACGUAGAAGUGGGGAGAUGUGUCCGGAGAUUCGCCGGCGUGCAGUGUGUCUGGUCAUAUGAGAUGCAGCAGCUUUUUUACGAGAAUUAUGAACAGAACAAGAAAGGGUACAUUAGAGAUCUCCAUAGCAGUAAAAUCCACCGAGCGAUCACCUUACACCCCAACAAAAACCCACCCUACCAGUACAGGCUACACAGCUACAUGCUCAGCCGCAAGAUCGCGGAGCUGCGCCAUCGCACAAUCCAGCUCCACCGGGAGAUCGUCCUGAUGAGCAAAUACAGCAGCACUGAGAUCCAGAAGGAAGACCUCCAGCUGGGCAUCCCACCCUCCUUCAUGCGCUUCCAAGCCCACCAGCGAGAGGAGAUCCUGGAAUGGGAGUUUCUCACUGGGAAAUACUUAUAUUCAGCCACAGACGGCCAGCCUCCCCGGAGAGGGAUGGACUCGGCACAGAGGGAGGCCUUGGAUGACAUUGUUAUGCAAGUGAUGGAGAUGAUCAAUGCCAACGCCAAGACUCGGGGGCGCAUCAUCGACUUCAAGGAGAUCCAGUAUGGCUACAGGCGUGUGAACCCCAUGUAUGGAGCAGAGUACAUUCUGGAUCUGCUGCUCCUGUAUAAGAAGCACAAAGGGAAGAAGAUGACGGUCCCUGUGAGGCGGCAUGCGUACCUGCAGCAGACCUUCAGCAAGAUCCAGUUUGUGGAGCAUGAGGAGCUGGACGCACAAGAGCUGGCAGACAGAAUCAACCAGGACUCUGGGUCCCUGUCGUUCCUGUCCAACUCCCUGAAGAAGCUUGUCCCAUUCCAGCUUCCUGGAUCCAAGACGGAGCACAAAGAACCCAAAGAAAAGAAGAUAAACAUUCUGAUCCCAUUGUCUGGGCGCUUCGACAUGUUUGUGAGGUUCAUGGGGAACUUUGAGAAGACGUGCCUCAUUCCAAAUCUGAACGUGAAGCUGGUCAUUCUGCUUUUCAAUUCUGACUCUAACCCUGACAAGGCCAAACAGGUGGAACUGAUGCGAGAUUACCGAGUCAAGUACCCUAAGGCUGACAUGCAGGUCCUGCCUGUGUCUGGAGGGUUUUCAAGAGCACUGGCCCUAGAAGUAGGCUCUUCCCAGUUUAACAAUGAGUCUUUGCUCUUCUUCUGCGAUGUGGACCUGGUGUUUACAGCGGAAUUCUUACAGAGGUGCCGAGCCAACACAGUACUGGGGCAACAGAUCUAUUUCCCAAUCAUCUUCAGCCAGUAUGAUCCAAAGAUUGUUUAUAGUGGGAAGGUUCCCAGUGACAACCAUUUUGCCUUUACUCAGAAAACAGGUUUCUGGAGAAACUAUGGGUUUGGCAUUACUUGCAUUUAUAAGGGAGAUCUUGUCAGUGUAGGUGGCUUUGAUGUCUCCAUCCAAGGCUGGGGGCUGGAGGACGUGGACCUCUUUAACAAGGUUGUCCAGACAGGCUUGAAGACAUUCAGGAGCCAAGAGGUGGGAGUCGUUCACAUCCACCACCCUGUCUUCUGUGACCCUAAUCUGGACCCCAAACAGUAUAAAAUGUGCUUGGGGUCGAAAGCGUCAACAUUUGGGUCCACGCAGCAGCUGGCCGAAAUGUGGCUGGAAAAGAAUGACCCCAGUUACAGCAAAGGUGGCAGCCACGGCUCUGCCAGGACAGCCUGACUCCAGCCCCACUCCUCUGGCGGAGGACGGUUUUAAUUGCCUAAUUUAUUUUUAAAAAAUUUUUGUAUAAUCAGUUUUUGAAGUCCAUACAAGGAUAUAUUUUCCAAGGGUUUUCUUACACAAGACUCCUUUAAGAUUGAGCUUUUUGAACAAAAAUGUGAUCAAUGUUUGCCUUCGAACACACCUUGCUGAACACUAUGUAGCACCGGCUUAAUCCUGACUUGAAGCGUACCCGAUGAACAAAACUUUUAUAUAAGAAUUUUUGGGUUUUUGGUUUUUACAUUUCUUUUUCAGACAACUCCCCUAUCUCUAUAGUCGUAAGGCAGAAAACAUUCCUAAGAAGUAUCAUCAUUGUGAUAAGAACACUGUAACCUGACCGAUGUUGAGACUGUUACCUUUGCACAAACUCCACCUUUUUCCUUUUUUUUUUUUU